AACACAAUUUAGGCCUAAACCCUUGGAAAACUCUUCUUUGAAUAUUUGAAGCACCCUUAUUGUGUAGCUAGUAGUAGCAUGUCUCAAAAUUCCUCCAUGACUAAUCAAAUCAACAAAGGAACCAUUUUUGCAAUGGAAAUCUCAUCUUAUUCUCCUUGACUCAUAUCUUCUACCUUUUGUUCAUAAUAGCCAAUAACUUGAAUGAGAGUCAAUGAGGAUUUGUAACUUCAUAUCACGGAGGAGUUUUCUUUAGCUGAAGAUGUUAGCUUCUUUUAAUUUUGUUGAUUUCAUAGGUUUGUAUUUUGUACGGAUUGAAAUUGAUGAUGAGGAGCUUGCCCGUUUUGCGGAGCAUGUUGACAAGGAUAAUAAUGGAAUUAUCACUUUUGAAGAAUGGAGAGAUUUCCUUCUACUGUACCCUCAUGAAGCUACCAUUGAAGUAUUGAGAACAUUUAUCAUCACUGGAAAAGAGUUUGCCUUGAAGAUAUUGGAGAACAUGCUGUUAUUCCAGAAGGCAUCAGCAAACACGUUCAGCGAAGUAAAUAUUUUAUUGCUGGUGGAAUAGCUGGAGUAGCUUCACAUACUGCAACUGCUCCUCUUGAUCGUCUGAAGGUGGUUUUGCAAGUUCAGGCUACGCAUGCUCAUAUUUUGCCAGCUAUAAAGAAAAUAUUUAAGGAAGAGGAUAUUCUGGGGUUUUUCCGAGGCAAUGGUUUCUCAAUUUGGCAUUACUUAUUUGGUGUAUGAAAGCAUGAAAAAGAGUCUAGACCUCUAGUAGUUAUCAGUGAAGAAGCAGGAGCAGUAGAAAAGGUAACGACGAAAAAUUACUAAACAAGUAGGUAAUAUGAUUAUUUUGAGUUUUUGUGAUAGAUGUUAGAUGAUAAAUUUUCCUCUAUAGA